GUUUAUAUAAAAUUGUAUAUUCAAAAUGCAAGCUUCUGCUACUCCCAAUAGUGUUCGACCACAAUUUAAUGAUAUGGAGAAUCUUGUCAAUGCUGGAAAAGCUGUAGAAACUGUUAUUAUGCAGGACGAGAUAUAUCCUGAUCUAGGCGACGUAUUGACCGGUGGCACUUCGGAUUCUUACAUCAAACCUCUUUCGAGCCCGGCAGAGGAAUUUUCUGAAUCGCAUCGUGUCCCAAUUCCUCAAUCAAUUCAAACACAAAUGGGCGGCCUACAAUUUCGCUGUUUUAUGGGCCUAUUUCCAGAGAUUGGAAGGGCUUGGCUUACCAUAGACCAUCGUCUAUUCAUUUGGAAUUACACAAACCCUAGACAGAUUUUUGAAUAUAAAGACCAAGAUCAAAUCAUUGUGGGUGUCGCUAUUAUUAAACCUAAACCUGGUAUUUUUGGAGAUAAAAUUCAUCACAUUCUUGUACUGUCAACUCCCCUCCAAAUCAUCCUUCUUGGUUUGCAUGUCUCGCUUGAUGAUUUAAAGCUCUUUGUUCUUGAUAUGACUGUGCCAGCAGACGAUAUUCAAAUGAGAGUGAUUAAAGGGACUGAUGAUGGUAGAAUUUUUAUGAUUGGUAAUGACGCCAAUGUGUACGAGUUUAUUUAUAAUGCUCCCGGGAGUCUAUUCACUAGCAAAUGUUACAUUGUAUGCAGAACGACACCAUCAUAUAUGAAGUAUGUUCCACAUUUUAUGAGUAAUGUGGGACGUGCUUCCAACAAAGCAUUGGCAGUAGACAACGAACGCAAGGUUUUAUAUUUGAUGGAUGAAACUUCUGUUGAGGCAAUUCAUCUGGGUAAUAAUAGCAACGAAUACAGAUCCAUUGCCAAAAACAUCAAUAUUGUCGAAAGUGCCCUACAAAUAUGCCGUCAGUACUCCAGAUCUUAUAAUGUCGAUGCUUUCCGGUUAGAAUCAAUCCACGUUAUUUCCGAAGCAGAAUCGAAGCGAAUUCACCUCAUGGUUAUGACAUCGGCUGGAUUUAGGCUGUACUUUAGUCUUUAUAAAGAUGGCUUCAGAAAUACUAUCACUCCUUCCUCAUAUGUUCCAAAUGCUUUAGAGUUGGGACACGUUCGUCUUCCUCCUCCUGCUGAUGUUUUGACUGCACCUCUCAGACUUCGCAAAACCUAUUAUGACUGUGGAAUUUGUUUAAGUGUUAACCAUAUAGACGAAGCCCGUGAUAUGAUCACUGUUACUAGUGUAGCACCCAGUAUUACCCCUCCUUCACAGCCAUCCAGUUAUCCACUUAUUAGCGCAGUUCCCAACCGACCCGUCUAUGUCGAAACUUUCGAUACGGUCAUACCUCGUUCAAAAGCUUGGGAGAUCACCGAAACGAAGCCAGAGAUGCGUGGGAAACACCCCAUGAAAGAGAUUGCACAGCAGCUGUCUCAACCAGCCAGACAAUUUAUAGCCAUGACAACUGAGGACCUUGUGUUUUAUAGCAAGUUAAGACCUGUAGACGUACUGCUAAAAACUUUGGAUAAAUCAGGAAGAUUACCUAUGGAUGAGCAAAAAGAUUACCAAGCGUUCUUUGAGAGGUAUGGUAAAACCGAAUCAUGUGCUAUGUGUCUUUCAGUGAUCUGUAACACCGAAGUCCAAAGCACUGUGGCAAAGGCUACAACUGUGUUUUUCGAAUAUGGAGGUGCCCCUACCACUAUCAAUACUAUGCAAGCAGUUGGGAACCAUCUAGGCCAAAUUAUGGGAAGUACAGGUGUUACUUUUAGUGGGAGACACGAUGGAUUUCUUUUAUACUUUUCACGUAUGAUUGCGCCUAUUUGGAACUUGAAAGUGUUCGUUAACUGUGAUCCUACAAACCCCCAGUCUAGAGUGCGCUUUGCUCAAGCACAGACCACCUUGUAUGAUUCCAGGGCUAACUUGCAAAGAUUGAAGGCAUUUAUGGAUAAAAACUCGAAGUUCCAUGAUAGCGCCAAUAUUUCCGAUCCCAAAUUUCAAGCUACAGAUCGUACACAACUUGAAUUAGAUUUAGCCGAACAAAAAUCUGUCCAUGAAUUAUACCUGUUGUUAGCACAAUGCAUUGAUGUUGUAUUUUUUGUUGAGUUUCUUUUAGAUUCUUACUUGGAAACUAUUAUAACAAAAGAUACACCGGCUGAUAAUCUUCAAGCCUUGUUUGAUCUCGAUAUUAAAACAAUUCUCACUACAUCUGAAGGCAGAGGUCUAGCUAGUGACCUGGUAGUCGCGAUUAUCGGAAAAUAUGGUGCUCCUGGAUCGCAUGCUAGCUUCAAUGUAGUCAGCCAUGAAUUACAAAGACGAUGCAGUUCUUACUUCGGGGCCAAUGAUAUUUUAUUCUUUCAGGGUAUGGAACACCUAGGACGUUCCAUAUGCGCAGAGACAGAAUACGACAGAAUGUUUUCUAUAAAGGAAUCGUUGAAGCACUUCAGCAAGGCAGCUAGCAGCAUCCCCGAAGACAAGUUGAAAGCUAUAUGUCAAGUAUAUGUACGUUUUGCGUUCCAUAUAGGCGUAGUCCAAUUAUCACUUUCCCGUGCACAGAUGUUAGAUCCAGACAACCUUGCACUUGUAGCAUUCGAAUCGCCACAAAAAUCCAAUGAACUUCAAAGCAAUUUAUACAAAGCACGUCUAUCCGCAUACGAUUUUGCUCUCGAAGCUCUUAGCGAUGCUCAUCGUCUUAAAUAUCAACCUUUACCAGCCGGCCGUUCACCUAUAGGCGACCCCAAUGUAUAUUCCAGAAUGGUUACCGAUGCGGCUUUAGAAAGUAAAGAUGCGAUAUUUCAUUUCAGACUUUACUCAUGGUUUAUCGAGAACAACCUGAGAGACGAGUUAUUGAUUAUCGAUACACCCUUUUUGGUUCCCUACUUUAAAGAAUACGUUAAAGAUGAUGUAAGCUCUUGGGAAUUCUUAUGGAAAUAUUAUAGAAGUCAUGGUCAGUACUUUAAAGCAGCAGUGUACUUGCGCUUAUUGGCUUUUUCUGAGUCGCCGAGCAUUUCGCUUUCUCGACGUGUCGAAUUCUUGGCAUUGGCGGGUAUCAAUAUCCAAGUAACCUACGAAGAUAACACAGUCUCGCCAGGGGAUGUUGCCUUAUUCCGUCAAGAACUCGAGAAAAAUAUUAAAAACAGUCAACUUCAAAAACGCGUCCAGGAUAUUUUGAGAAGCACCGACGAUGUAGAAGCACAAGUGACGGCCGAUAAUUUAGAUAAGAUGUUAUUAAGUGAAAAUGAUCUAAAGGAUUGCAUAUCAAAUUUCCAUGUGUUAUCCAUCCAUUUGUCACAAAAUAUCUAGUUGGGAAAAAUCCCGAAAUAUCAUUCCACAUAUCAAUACAAUAAAAUGUUUAAUAGCUUGUUUUUAUUAUUUACUGC